AUGGAGGAGUACUAUCCGUUGUACUUUGUGACUUUCAACUACGACGAUGAUCUCUUCAAGUUUGAUAUAGACCGUGUUGAUCGCGCUCUGGAAUGUUUCCUCGACUCUGACCUGCUCUUGUCGGAUGAACGCGAUUACAAGAACGCUAUCGAGGAGUUUAUACAAUUUUCAGUGCCCGAAGGACUUGGCCGCCGCCUGUAUGAGCAUCACAAACGUCGGAUCAAGAAAUCUUUCCAUACGGGAUUGCUCGUUCGAGCCAAACGUAUCAAGGCCUUUCGGAGAGUCUUGCACAAGGUCGAGCCACAACAAGCACCAGGACUGAAGACGUUUACCCGGACAGUCGGAAAUUUGGUUUACAAGCAUCUACCUCCAGGCGUCACUGUCGCACCAAUGGAGAUGUUUGCCGGGACAGUCCGAAAGUUGUGUUGCAAGCUUCUACCUCCAGGCGUCGCCGUCUCAUCGAUGGAACCCGGCUUUCUUGACGACCCGUCGUGGGUGCCUGUUCGCACUUCGUGGUUCGUCCCUAUGUGCGAUUAUUACAAGCUCAUCCCGCGAAGCCACCCCCGCUGGCGCCCUGAGAUGCCCUUCUAUCCGCCUGACAUUGAACAGGCUCCGUUGCUAAAUGACCUUCGCAAUUGGGUACUGGAUUUGAAAGAACUCAAAUCGGUCCUUUUUCGGCUAAGCACUUCCCUUUCCUUCCUAUUACGGUCCUUCUGCCCCCGAGACAAGCACAACCCCGACAGCGAGCACAACAGAGUCCUCAAGUUACUCACAUACCGCAAGCACGUACUGAGUAUGUGUGGUAUGCUCCCACACGAGGAUCGCCUUGUCAACGGCCGUGGGGUCGAUUCACUGGAAUUCGGCCUUGGGGAGGUGCAAUGGCACCUAGUCAAGGGUGUAUGGCCAGUUUUCACGGCAACCGAAGAGUGUCUCAUCCUCUGGGAGCGUUCCAAUAUCGACAAGCAGAAGCUUAACGUGGCUAUCAGCAGAUUCGGACGGGCAAUGAUUCGAGCUGAAAUGAACGAUCUGGUGAACAAUUUCCGAACCCCGCAUCUCCGGAAAGAAUUUCAGUUUGUCGUUACCGAGGACAAAGGCCCAAUCUGCCCCGAGGAAGCGAUAGAGGUGGGUGAGGACGACAGAUGCCCAAUCUGCCUCGAGGGAUUGAAAGAGGUAGGUGAUGCUACAACCCCCCUUGUGAACCAGAGUUGUUGCAACGCGCCACCAUUCCACCUUGACUGUCUUGUGACAGAGCACCUGAAGAAUUUCGCGAUGCACAAACCUGUCAAGUGCCCCGUAUGCCUCGUGAGACUUUCCCAGGACGAACUCAAGAACGUGGUCGACAAGGCGACGAAGCACAUGGGUUUUUUAUGA